CGGCCAAUGCACGCCAGGCACAUCAACACCUUCACAAUUCUGCCCGCCCGGACAUCCGUGGGCCUGCCUCUGCAUAGUCUCAGCGUUCUUGCGCCGCUGACUCCGAGUGGAAGCUAGGCGCGAACGUGCGCGUGCACUGCGGACCGACGCGCUGCUUGGGGCGUAGUAGGCGGCCAUGGAGUCCAUCAGUCGCAUCUCGAGCCUGCUGGAGACAGCCCGCGAUCUCACCCUCGAGGCUGCCCGCGACGCAAGCAAUGCCCGCAAGCCGCCGACGCGCAUCCUGCCCUCGGGCCAGCUCAAGAAGCUCCUCGACAGCCGGUCGGAGCGCGAUGUGCUCGAGGGGCUGCGGAAGGUGGUCACUAUGUCCUAUCGACAGCCGCCCUCGCAGACGCUGCCCUUCUUCUCCCACGUAAUCAAGAACGUCGCGUCCCCGUCCCUCCCCGUCAAGAAGCUCGUAUACAUAUACCUCCUCCAGCAUGCCGAGCAUGAACCGGACACCGCGCUCCUUUCCAUCAACACGAUACAGAAGUCGCUCACAGACCAGAACCCGCAACUUCGCGCCCUGGCGUUGCGCGUCAUGUCGGGCAUUCGGGUACCGGUCAUCAGCCAGAUUGUGAGCCUGGGCAUCAAGCGAGGCGCAGGAGACAUGUCACCUCAAGUCAGGCGAGCAGCGGCUCUGGCUAUACCAAAAUGCUACAGGUUAGACCCAAACACGGAGCCUCAGCUGCUGGAAUAUCUUUCGACGCUGUUGGGGGACAAGCAGUACUUUGUGACAGGUGCAGCAGUCGCAGCGUUUCUGGAGAUUUGCCCGGACCGGUUGGAUCUGAUACAUCCGCAUUACCGCUCCUUGGUACAGAAACUAGGUGAUAUGGACGAGUGGGGACAGUUGGCUACUCUGCGUCUCAUGAUGGUCUAUGCGCGCAAGUGCUUCCCGCGACGGAUCAGAAAGGUCAAAAGAACUACGAACACCACAAACAAAAAACCUGCGAAAUCGACAAAGGGCUUCUACGAUGACGAGAGUGAGGAGGAAGAGGAAGAAGAGCAGGAUAUGGACGAAGUUGCGGUGCUGGAUCCUGAUCUCGAACUGCUGCUGAAAGCCUGUCAGCCUCUUCUCCAGUCUCGGAAUGCAGCCGUAGUAAUGGCGGUCGCGAGGACAUACCUCUACUUAGGCACACCUGAAUACUUGUCUCUGGCCAUAGGACCGUUGAUUUCGCUUCUACGAUCAGCAGCCGACAUCGAGCAUAUAGCGCUGUACAACGUCGUACAGGUCUGUUUAAAUCACCCGGAGCCGUUUGUGAAGUACUACACGCAUUUUCUGGUGCGCUCAACAGAUGCGCCACAUAUAUGGCGUCUGAAGCUGGAAUUGCUCACGCUCAUCUUUCCUCACGCGCCACCGAGGUUGCAGAGCUUGAUACUGGCUGAGCUUAGCCAUUUCUCACACUCCGGGAGUCUGGACGCAGCUCUGGUAAAGGAAUCAGUUCGGGCGAUUGGACGCUGUUCUCAAAGCCCGGCUACGAGCCCACAGACGUCAGCAAGGUGUCUCAAGCUUUUGCUCAAGCAUAUUGGGUCUGCAGAUGCCCAUCUGGUGGCCGAGUCCCUCGAGGUGAUUCGACACCUCAUCCAGCGCAACCCGGAUGCACACCGAACGACUGUAGUCCGGUUAGCUAAACAUCUGGACGCAGCAACGAGCCCACAAGCGCGAGCCAGCAUCAUAUGGCUGGUUGGCGAGUUUGCAGGCCUCGAUCCAGAAAACAACAUCGCUGCAGAUGUCUUGCGCAUCCUGGCGAAGGGGUUCGCAGAUGAAGCCGAACCCGCAAAGCUCCAAAUCGUGCUGUUAGCAGCAAAGGUCUACGUGCAUCACUUGAGCGCCAAUCCGCCUCCCGAACCACCCAAAGUCGAAGAAGAACCAAACCCAUCUCCCUCACUCCUGGACGACUUCCAAGAAGAACACGGCGGCUUCCGGGAUGACCAUCUCGAAGCGCCUCCACCGCUACCCACCGAGCCCCAAGAGCAGGAGAAACCUCACCCAAUCGAGGCGUUGUAUAACUACAUCCUCCUGCUCGUACGAUACGAUACGUCCUACGAUCUCCGCGACCGCGCACGCGUCUACAAAGCGCUCCUCGCGACACCUACCUCCACCCAACUCGCCUCGCUACUUCUGCUCGCGCCAAAACCCGUUCCGCACAUCCCCAGCCCCAGCGAAACACGGAAGGGAUACGUUCUCGGCAGCGCGAGUCUCGUCAUUGGCGAUGAAGGCGGUGUUGGCGGACUACGUGGCUACGAAGAUAUCCCGAAGUGGGUUAAGGAGGGUCAGGAACCGGACCCGGCGCUUCGCGAAGAGACCUCGUCGACGUAUACUUCGGCUUAUGAAGCGGCUAAGACUAUGUCUGCGGCUGAGAGACUUGAUGCUGCGGCGGGGAGUGGUAGGGCGCCGGAGAGUGUGUUGGCGCCUAGGACGCUGAAUGGGGCGCCGGCGAGGGAGAGGGAGAAGGAGAAGGGUAAGGAGAAGACGCUGGAUGAUUGGUUGGCGGAGGAGGAAGAGGAGAGUGGCAGUGAGGAGGAGACGGAUGAUGAUGAGGAGGAUGAGGAGGAUAGUGAGGAAGAGAGCGAGUAUGAGACGGAGAGCGAGAGUGGGGAGGAGGCGGAUAGACUUAUGAAGUAGGCGGUGAUGGCUACAUUGGAAAAUCAAACACUAUCACGACAUGUGAGAGUCUCCCUGUUUGAUAUUAAAAUAUGCAGUAUUUUUAUUCC